AUGGAAGAACAGGUCAGAAAAGAAAAAGAAACAAAAUUAGAAGAGGAACAGAAAAAGAAAGAAGAUAAAAAGCUAGCAGAGAGAAAGAAAAGGGAGGAGGAGAAAAAGACUGAAACUGAAAAGAAGAAUGAGAAAAACACAAAUGAAUCUAAGAAAAGGGAGGAAGAAAAUGAAAAGAAAAAGAAAGGACAAAAUAGAAAAGAGAAAAAUAAUGAUAGUAAAAACAGGAGAAAAAUGGAUAAAGAAGAAAAGAAAGAAGAAAUUAAGAAAAAUGAGACAAGCAGAGUUUUGGAAGAUUUGACAAAUAAUGAAGAUGAAAUGAAGGAAUUAGAUAGAGUUUUGAAAAAGGUGGAAAAACUAAAAGAGAGGAAAAGGAAAUUUGUAUUAGAGAAAGAGAACAAUUAUGUUUUUGAAGAAAAUGGUUAUGUCUAUGAAGUCACAACUAUCACCAAAAAGUUUAAAUUGAAUUAAAGAUAAAUAAAUAUAUAAAAAGAGUGAUAAGUAAAAGGAAAGAAAACUGUUACAUAGAAAACUGAUUUAAAGAAAACUGAUUGAUGGAAAACUGAUUUAUAGAAAACUGUUUUACCUAAGACAACUUAAAUUCUCAUAUUAUAACUGCCUGGGACUUAUCUGGAAUACAAAAAGACAGACAUUAACAUUUAAGUUCAUGUACUGAUAAACUUAUAAUAUGUUUUAACUGUAUUACAGUAACGUUUCUAUCUAUAAACAUUUGAACAUUUUAUUUUAAAUGUAUAAAUGUAUUUAUAUAUUUCCUAUUUAAAAUGUGUAAAAUAUGUGCUAAUGAAAAAAACAACAUUUAAACUGAAUUAUAAAAUGACAAACACUUUGAGACAGUUUUUGUGUGUGAAUUUAUGAACAAACUUACCCAUUCCAA